AUGUCUGAGCCGCGACGGUCGACGAGGGCACGCGCUCGCGAAGAAGCUGUUCCGGCCGUAAAGCCUUCGCCCUCGUCCUCGUCAUCGCUGAAGAAGCGCAAGAGGACGAGUGCGGUAGGCAAGGAGCAGCCUCAGUUGCCACCAUCAUCAGCAUCAGGCCCAUCAGCAGCAGCAGCAUCGUCCACGCCGCCAGUCACUGACGCACCACCUCUCCCCCCCAAGCAACCGGCACUUCCGCUACGCAUUGUUGACGGCGCACCACUCCCUACCCUAUCCGAACCCCAGCCGCUCGACCUCCCAUGCAGCGAAUGGCAAACGAUCCAGCAGAGCGGUGUGCUUGAAACAUCAUUUGAGCGAUCCAAGGCCGUGUGGCUGUCGGGCGCAAACUUUCGCACUUUCCACUCGCACUUCACCCAGCCCAAGAAGCUGGCCGACCGCACUGAUGAGGACCGCGCAAAGGCCCAGCGCCAGAAAGAGCUGCUCAAGAACUUCCCCCAGGUCGGCGCCGACCGCGUCGUGGUUAAGCUGGUCAUUGAGCCGCAUACGCUGCCUAUAAGGCUGUAUGGCCCGCGCGAGGUGGCCAAGCCAAUGCACAAGAAGACGCCUGCACCCUCGCCCUAUGCCCCAUGGCCCGCUCAUCACCACCCGCACUCCCACAGUCAGCACCAAAAAUACCACCAUGUCCCGCCGCCCCUCCACCAGAAACCCCCGCCGCGGCCGCCUCAGCCACAACCACCUAAGCCAGUCCAGGUCGCACCUCCACCCCCCGCGCCCCCCGCGCCCUCUCCCGCCCCUGAUCCCGUCAUCCACAUGCUCGCUGCUAGAGCUGGUACCGACCCGGCGUUGAAGGCUGUCAUGAAGAUUGUUGCUGCGGGCGAGGCCAGCAAGGAGCAACUCGAGUUUUUCCAGACGCAUAUCAACGAGCUGACGGCCAUCCUCGCCCGCCAAAAGGAGGAAAAGAUGCACAAGCCGGCUCCCGCGCCGCCUGCCCCAAAGCCUGCGCCGCCGCCUCCACCGCCAGCUCCGCCAAAGCAAACAGCCCCGCCUCCGCUCCCGCGGCCUGUCCAACCCAUGCCCCAGCCUAUCCAGCCUAACACGCCCAAGACUUAUACCCCAGGUCCUUCGCAAGUCCACAUGCAGCAGCAGCAGCAACCUCCUCCGCUCUAUCAACCCCACCCGCCAUAUCCCAACAAUUACAGCAAACCACCUCAGUACCACCCGCCACCUCAAGUACCCGUCUACAACCCUCCGCCGAGAACGACGUACCGUCCUUUAGUCUUUAGCUUUGUCCAUGGCAACGAGGACAAGUUUUACUUUCCCUCGUACAGUUUUAUGGAAUGGCUGCCCAAUGGCACUGGCGCAAAGCUAUCGUUUCUCAUCACCAAGAUGAAGCCAAAGCCAAAGCCGGAACCCGUCGCCGAACCGCCUUCGACGCCUGCUCCAAAGGCCACGCCAGCGCCGACCCCAACACCAGCACCCGUACCAGCGUCAAGCGCACCCACACCCAGCGCCCCGACACCCGGUGUCUCUACACCUGGCCCAGCUCCCCCGAACGUCACGACGCCUACACCAAACCCCUCGAACCAGGCUUUUACAUCCAUACAGCCCGCCACUGCGGCACCUCCACCACCUGCAACACCUGCAACGCCAUUCGUCCCAUCCAAAUCACCUCAACGAAUUGAGGAAUUCGACGAGAUGAACGAAAUAGACAACAUUGAGUUUUAUCAGCCAGUCACUGUGCUUUUACUUAUCGAAAACGACGACGGUGAUGAAAUCGCCAGUGCGCUUCCCCGCUCAAUCCGACCACCACACAUUGUUGAAAAAUACAUGAACGAGGUGUUUGAUCGCUGCAAGCGCGCCGACGAGACGUAUCUGGCAUUCAGGCUGCCGAGAAGUAGCGACGAAGCGCCAGAGAAGAGGUUGAGGAGCGGCGACGUGACGCCUGCAAUUGCAACACCAAUCCAGGAUGUUAAUAUGUCAGGCACUGGCACGGCUACAGUAAGCGCAGCCGAUAGAAAAAAGGCUGGACGACCUAGGAAGAGUCUGGUCUGA